CCUAAAUGAAACAGCCCUACUGUACGUCGACGCUGCAAGCAAAGAAAUGAAUUUUCAAGUGACACAGGUUCAAGUGACAUUCCCCCAACCAACAGACACACAUCCUGUAGUACAGUGUAUAUUUAAAAAUAACCGCAAAAAGCUCAAGAAGUUACUGAGGCACAAUGACAUUAAUGGACUUUACCCUUCUAGAGAGUGGAAGGAAUGCAUAACUCCGUUGAUUGCUGCUGUUGUAAAUCACCAUGCAGAUAUAUGUACUUAUCUCUUGAAACAGGGUGCAGACCCAAAUAUACCUUCUCAGUAUGGCUGGACACCUUUGCAUUAUGUCUCACUUUCCAAAGCUCCACUUUUUUUUGUGGAGAAACUUCUAGAAGCAAAAGCUGAUUUAAAUGGAUGCGGUGUUUUCACACCACUGCAUACUGCUGCCAACAAUGACAGAGAAGAUGUUGUAAACAUGCUCCUCUCUGCUGGUGCACCGGUAACACUCUUACCUAUAUCUCCUGAGCAUUCAGUUCACAACAGAAGAAUAUCUGAGAUGAUUCAUAAAAUUGCAUCCAAAGGAAAUGAAUUCUGUUCCAAAAUCAGAUAUUUUUUGGAUAUGGAAAUGGCUAUUCCUGAAAAAACACCUGAAGAAGUGUUCAGAAAUGUUAACAGUCAGAUGCUGUUGGAAGAUCCUCAGAGCCAUCUAACCAUGAUUGAACUUCUCUUUACUGUUAGAGGGCGAAAUGCGGAAAAAUACUGCCAGGCAUGUAUUAUAUGGCUAAAGGAAACUGGAAAUGUGAAUACUUACAUUGCAGGUGCAGCCAGUCGUUUUCCAAACAUCUCUAAGACACAAAUAAAGAUGGCAGUUGAAAGUUUAAAUGCAGUCUUCUGUACAAUGGAUGACAUAACAAAUGAGCAAACACUAGCUAUAGUUCCACAACUACUGAAACAGCUUGACUCAAAAGACAGUAGUGUUUGUGAAUCAGUGUUACAAACACUGUAUGUGAUAACACAGAAAACAAAAGGCACACAGGACUGGGACUUAGACUUUUUUGAGAAGUUAUGCAGAACAGUUGCCCCUUUUGUAAAUGAGCAACACUCCACUAACAUUAGGGUCUAUACAUACGGUAUAUUAGCAAACCUACGGUUAAUCGAACAGGCAGCUAACAUUUUUACAUCAGUGGGUGUAACUUCAGUGCCUGAGGACAUACUGACAUCAGCUGACAUGACAAUGAAUGAAAAGCUGAAAGAGGUGCUGAGAAGUCUGAAAGAAUAUCUGAGCAAACCA